AAGAAAAGAAAAAGAGCCCGGAAGCGCGAGCGUCUUCUUCCUUUUCUGCUUCCAGCCUAGGGUUUCGAUUCGAAUCUCGUUGCUCCGCCUCCGUCGGCCGAAGACCGCCGCCGCCGCCACCGCCGCCGCUUCCGGCGAUCCGGAAACGCGCGUUCCGGGUAGCAGAAUCGCAGGGCUAGCGAGCGAUUCCGGGCAUAAGCGAAGAGGGAGAUGAAUCGCCGAUACGCGGAUCCAGCGGUACAAUGACUGGUGUGUCGUUCGGCCUUCGCACCGGGAGUUAUGGAUCGCUGCAGCAGUUGUCCAAUGGCGCGCCGCAGAACCAGGCCGCGCCGGUCCUCCUGCGGAAGCCGUCGAAGCUGGGCGUGCCGGGUUACCGGGAGAAGGAGAAGUUCCUCCCUUUCGUCUGCCGGUACUUGGGCCGGAAGAGGGUCGCGAUGAUGCUCCUGGUCGCCCUCGCCCUCCUCGUUUUCGUCUUCGGCUCCUUUACGGUCAAUAAAGAAGGCAGCGGUCCUAUAAUAGUUCCAUACACGGAGAGCACGGUACCUUUCGUUGAGAAGGCAUCGGGCCAUACUGUUGUAAUGCAUUUCCCUGGGUUAGUAGAUAGACAAAAGGACAGAGGUUCCCUUGGACGGAAGACUGUGUCCCGAAGCGGUCGAAGUAGAGCUCAACCUCCUCCAGUACCUGCUCUUUUACAUCGUCGAAGUCCUCGACCUCAUCCUCUUUCUCAUUCUGAUUUGACUUCACCUAAUUCUGGCUUCACGGGUGCUGUCCCUAUGGGCCAUCAGUGCAAAAACUUUGCUUUUCCUCCGCCACCUCCUGCUUAUGGGAAACGGAUUGGACCCCGGCCAUGUCCAGUAUGUUACGUCCCUGUGGAGCAGGCAAUAGCUAGCAUGCCGAGUUCCCCAGCAAUAUCUCCAGUACUUCGUAAUCUCACGUACGUUCAUGAUGAAAUUCCAGUCAAAUCUGAACAGCAUGGAGGUUCAGAUUUUGGGGGAUAUCCAUCUCUAACCGAAAGGGAUGAUUCCUUCGAUAUAAAGGAGUCUAUGCGAGUGCAUUGUGGAUUUGUCAAAGGUCAUAAGCCUGGUCUUCAAACCGGAUUUGAUAUUGAUGAAGCUGACUUGGAGGAGAUGGAGCAAUAUCAUGAUGUCAUUGUUGCAUCAGCUAUAUUUGGAAAUUAUGACAUAAUCCAACAACCUCGAAAUAUUAGUGAAGCUGCAAAGAAAAACAUUCCUUUCUUUAUGUUCAUUGAUGAAGAGACGGAGGCAUACAUGCAAAAUUCUAGUGUGCUCAACAGUAGCAGGAGGGUUGGAUUGUGGAAAAUCAUAGUGGUUCACAACAUCCCUUAUGCUGAUGCGAGGCGUAAUGGAAAGGUCCCAAAGCUUCUUUUGCACCGGAUCUUUCCUAACGUUCGGUAUUCCAUUUGGGUUGAUGGAAAGCUCCAGCUUGUUGUGGAUCCCUAUCAAAUCCUUGAGAGGUUCCUAUGGCGUGAAAAUGCUAGUUUUGCAAUUUCUAGACAUUAUAGGCGCUUUGAUGUCUUCGAAGAGGCUGAGGCUAAUAAAGCUGCGGGAAAGUAUGACAAUGCCUCUAUUGAUUCUCAGAUUGAAUUUUAUAAAAGAGAGGGCUUAACUCCAUAUUCUUUAGCCAAGCUCCCUAUAACUAGUGAUGUUCCUGAGGGGUGUGUGAUCAUGAGGGAACAUAUUCCUAUUACGAACCUGUUCGCCUGUCUAUGGUUCAAUGAAGUCGAUCGAUUUACUGCCAGGGAUCAAUUAAGUUUUUCCACAGUGAGGGACAAGAUAAUGGCAAAAGCUAAUUGGUCCAUCAAUAUGUUUAUGGAUUGUGAAAGGCGUAACUUUGUGAUUCAGGCAUACCACAGAGAUCUGCUGGAGCACAUGCCGCCUCCAGCAAGUCCCGCAAUACGAGCUCGACCGGCUUCGACCACCAUCAGUACACCUGGAAGAAGAGCUCCCGUGAAAAAGGCUAUCAGCAGCAAGCGCUCAAGGAGCGAUAGAAAGCCAGGCUCAAGGCGGCACCGGAAAGUCACUGCAGGCACUAGGGACAGAAGUUCCUCUUGAACUUCGUGUAUAUUCUGAUUCAUUCGUUCAUUUAUAUAUUCUGGGAGAGGAGGAUUUGUUUGAAGAGGCAUAGGCUGAUUGCGGAGCUCAGGAAAAGCUCAAAAUUUUUGAAAGUGUUGAUAUCUAUUCACAUUUUUUUUUGUACAUACACUUGAUUCCAAAUAAUUAUACCACCUUCUGCCCGUCAGAUA